CGUGUAAGGGACGCUCACGAUGAGUAAGUAAGUCAUAUUUUUUCUUUUGAAGUAGAGUAAGUAAGUCAUUUAAUAUAAACCAAAAAAAAAAACUCUUCAGCUGGGUGGCAUUGCAUACUUAUUUGAGGUGGACACGUGGCACAGCAUCUUUAAUUCCAGCCUCAAUUACGAAGUGAGGAUGCCACGACGACGUUUCAGGUUCCUCCCCGAGAAAAAACGGAAACAACCAACUCCCCAAAUCCAAAUGGCUUUUGCAUCAGUACUAAUAUUAGGAAGAAAAGGGGAAUCGAUUAUCGAGUCGCUCUGAAUCUGAUUGGGGGAGGAAUUCAAUUCUCUUAUCCGAUAAUCCCAACUUUGGGAUGGAAUAAUCGGAAUUAGUACUACUUACUAGCUAUUGUAAUUGUAUAAAUUAGAUGUUCUCUGGUUCCGCAUUUCCAACCUCAUUGCCAACUUGUACCAGUCUCAUUGGCACUGCCAUUAUUUCGGAAUCCGAUUCCCUCUCACUAGUACUACUACUACCACCAUUUCCACUACCCACCUUAUUGUCUCUUCCUAUUCUCCCCAAAUGCCUAUUUAAUCCCAACAUGCGAAUUCCCAAGAAGCCCGUUUCCUUUUGCUUCUCUUUGUUUUCUCCUGACGUUUUUCCUCCCGCUUUUUCUUCUCGUAUACGACUCGUUUCUGGAGCUUUCACUUCAUCGGAUUCUUUUCACGGAAAGAGAAGAGGGGUUUGUUUCGGAGGAAUCAAACUAUUGCAUUCUGGUUAUCCAAUGGAGGAAAGUCACGGGACUAUUGUAAGUGACAUGAAAUCACCUCGUCUUAGGAACACGGAUUGCAGUGGUGGUGGUCAAGAGCCAUGCAUAUGGUCUUCACCAGAAGGGGGGCGUAAACUUGACGUAAUUGGAAAGCAAAUCUUUUGUAACAGAUCACUGAAUAUGAAGAAUAUUGUAGCUGUUGGAUUUGAUAUGGAUUACACUUUAGCACAAUACAAGCCGGAAACUUUUGAGUCCCUUGCUUAUGAAGGCACUAUCAAGAAGUUGGUGUAUGAUUUAGGAUACCCACGCGAGUUGCUGAAUUGGUCAUUUGAUUGGAAGUACAUGGUAAGAGGUUUGGUUCUGGAUAAGAAAAGAGGCAACAUCUUAAAGAUGGAUCGUCACAAGUAUGUGAAAGUAGCCUACCAUGGAUUUAAAGAAUUGUCCAAAGAAGAUAAAGUUAGUAUUUAUGGAAGUACACUUACAAGGGAUGCUUUUGAUGAGCCUGACUAUGCUCUCAUUGAUACCCUUUUUUCGCUAGCUGAAGCCUAUUUAUUUGCGCAAUUGGUUGACUUUCGUGACAAUAAUCCUGGAAAAGUUCCCGACACUACAGAUUAUGCUCGCAUGUAUAGAGAUGUUCGAGCAGCAGUUGAUCUGUGUCAUCGUGAUGGAACUUUAAAGCAAAUGGUUGCAAAGGAUCCUAAAAGGUAUAUCAAUGAAGAUACUUCGAUAGUGCCCAUGCUCAAAAUGCUCAGAGAUUCUGGUCGAGCUACAUUCUUGGUGACAAACAGUUUGUGGGACUAUACAAACAUUGUGAUGAAUUUUCUCUGUGGAGCCCGAACAAUGGAUGGAAUUAGAAAAUGCAACUUUGAUUGGCUUCAAUACUUUGAUGUUGUCAUCACUGGCAGUGCAAAGCCGGGAUUCUUUCAUGAUGAUAGUCGUGCAAACUUGUUUGAAGUUGAACCCGUGUCUGGGAUGCUACUCAAUACUGAUAAUGGCUCUCCUAUGCCUCAGGUGGGAGACACUUCACCUAGCUUUUCAGUGAAGGGACCGAACAAGUCAUGUAGAGUUUUCCAGGGAGGCAAUGUUGGCCAUCUGCAUAAAUUACUUACAAUUGAGUCAAGCUCUCAGGUUCUCUAUGUUGGGGAUCAUAUCUACGGAGAUAUCCUACGAAGCAAGAAAGUUCUUGGGUGGAGGACAAUGCUUGUUGUUCCAGAGCUAGAGCAGGAGGUUGAACUACUUUGGAAAUUGAGAGAUACCCGCAAGGAACUUCGAUUGUUAAGGAAUCAUCGUGAUCUCAUUGAAGACAAAAUUCAUCAUUUGAAAUGGUCUCUCAAAUUUGACGAUAUCAAUGAAGAGGAGAAGCGAAAAUUAACUUCUGAGCUAGAUGUUUUAGAGUCUGAAAGAGAGCAAGUGCGUUUAAGUCAUCAACAAGCUCAACGGGAAAAUCAUCACAAGUUCCAUACUGUCUGGGGACAACUCAUGAAGACUGGCUAUCAGAACUCUCGUUUUGCACAUCAGGUUGAGAGAUUUGCCUGCCUGUAUACCAGUCAAGUGUCAAACUUAAGCUUGUACUCUCCAGACAAAUACUACAGACCUAGUGAAGACUUUAUGCCCCAUGAGUUUGAUAUCUUCAUGUGAGCUAUGUUUGGUUGGGAGGAAGCAUGAAUGAACAUAGACCUCUUUUACAAUAAUGAAAUUUAACUUAACAUACAAAGCCGUGGGUUUAAUUAGCAGCUGAAUUGUCCAUUCCCUCUUUGCUUUUAGUUUUAGCCCAAAAACUGGCACUUUGUAAUGUAAGACUGAAAUCUCAGUUUUUCUUUUCAACAUUAAAAUGUCGGACCCAACUUUUUAAUUCACAUUGUGAAAAUUUAUGUA